CCUCUCUCUCUCUCCUUUCGUCGUCGUUCCUCUCUUCUUAUCUUUCCCACAUUACGUAUGCACAGCGUUUAGUCUUCAUCCAAAACAAACCGACAUUUGUUCAAAACCCAUAGACCCAUUUCGCAAUUUCGCCCAUUUCUUAUGAAACCCACCACCUAUGGUCUCUCUGAGGUUCCAUUGUUCCCAAACAUGAGUACCCAGUUCAGUUUCUGACCCAGUUUUCGGAAAAAGGUUACAUUUUUGGGUUGGUUUGCGCUUUGUUCGUUUGGAUCAUAAUUGUAGGGACCCAUUUGGGAAGUUUGAAGCUUUGGGUGGGCUUGAGAUGAACGUUGUUGAGGAGGAAGAGAGUGCUUUUGAGAUUGGGAUUGUGGUUCCAAAGAGAAAUGUUAAGGCGGAAGAAGAGGAUUACUGUGUGGAGGUUUUGGUCAAUGAAUUCAAGAAUGUGGGUUUUAUAGUUGAGAGAGUCCCUGGCGUUGUUGAUGACUUCAUCAAGCUGGCAGCGCCUUUGGAGACAUUGGGGAGAGCUGCAGUCGAGUUGCAAAUCAAAAAGCGAACUCGAAUUGGGAUGGAUUUACAAUUUGAAUGGGACGAGGUUGAUGCUUUUGUGAGGCAACCUGAUGGUUCAUUGUUCAGCUGGUGUGAGCGUUUUCAUUGCUAUAGGCACUUGAUAUAUGGAAUUAUGAACAAGAGCAAGUCAGCUGUAACCCUGAGAUUUGAUGGGAAAGAGUUCAAUUGGGAAGUUGGGGAAUAUUUACUUAAGAAAUUGGAGUCACAGAGGAUUGUCAAAGAAGUUUUUGCUUUGCAUGAUGAAGUGAAAAGGAAGAAACUCCUUCACACUUGGGCUUUGCACUGGUGGGACUUCACAAACCAGCCCAUAGAUGAGAUUUAUUCAUAUUUUGGUACAAAGAUUGCCAUCUACUUCGCUUUCCUUGGAAUGUAUACACGGUGGUUGCUGUUUCCAGCUACAUUUGGGCUUAUUCUGCAGAUAUUUGAUUUUGGGUCAUUGCAGUUACUGGUGCUGCCCCUUUUCUUUAUAAGCAUAACAUUAUGGGCCAUAAUGUUUUCCCAGUUCUGGAAACGCAAGAAUGUUGCUCUUUUAGCUAGAUGGCACAUCAGUUAUCCAAUUAGAACCGACCUGGGAAAUAGGCAGCUGGGCACAGCUUGGAAUUCGCCGCAAUCAUCUGUUGAAAUCAUGAAGAAAUGGGGAACAGACAAAACAAAAGAGAAAGAAAUGUUUCAAAGAAUUGAGUGGUUUGGACGACUAAUGAGAUUCCGAAAUGAUGCUAUCAUUAUAGUUAGUAUUAUAUGCCUCCAGUUACCCUUUGAGCUGGCAUAUGCUCAUCUUUACGAGGUUAUUGAGUCUGACAUUGUGAAGUUUGGGUUGACAACCGUAUAUCUGUUUGCUAUUCAGUUUUUUACGCAGCUCGGGGGCAAGAUCUCUGUGAAGCUUAUUAAUUACGAGAAUAAUGAAAACACAGAAAAAAGAGCUGACAGCUUGGUUUACAAGGUGUUUGGUCUUUAUUUCAUGCAGUCAUACAUAGGAGUCUUCUACCAUGCUCUUAUACAUCGCAACUUUUUGACACUUCGCACAGUUUUGAUUCAGCGCCUCCUUGUGUCUGAGGUAUUGGAAAACUUGGUGGAAAAUACUUUGCCAUAUUUGAAGUACAGUUAUAAGAAAUUUAGAGUACGAAGCAAGAAGAAACGUGAAAAGGGAUCAUCAACAGGGAGAAUCCAGUUUACUUCUAGGGUGGAGAAGGAGUACUUGAAGCCUUCUUAUUCUGCAAGCAUUGGUAUGGAGCUUGAAGAUGGACUUUUCGAUGACUUUCUAGAGUUGACAUUGCAGUUUGGUAUGAUCAUGAUGUUUGCUUGUGCACUCCCCCCUGCUUUUGCCUUUGCAGCUGUGAACAACAUAACUGAAAUUAGGACAGAUGCAUUGAAGCUGCUCGUCAUGCAUAAGAGGCCAAUUCCUCGUGUUUCCACAACAAUUGGUGCUUGGCUAAACAUAUUUCAGUUUCUUGUAGUUACAUCUAUAUGCACCAACUGCGCCCUUCUAGUAUGGUUAUAUGAUCAUGAGGGUAAAUGGAAUAUAGAGCCUGGCCUAGCUGCAAUUCUGGUUAUGGAACAUGUUCUCCUGUUGAUCAAGUUUUGUUUCUCUCGCUUUGUUCCCGAGGAACCUGCUUGGGUACAGGCGAACCGUGUGAAGAAAGCAACAGAGGCCGAGUACAUGUGCUCAAAACAGCUUUUGAGGAACAUUUCUGGAGGAGAUAGGGCAGCCGGUACUGGUGCAGUUAAGAAGACAGAAUGA